CGCCGCUGCCUCAGCCCCGCCCCGAGCGGCGGUGGCGGCCGCCUGAGCCCGGUGCCUCCCGGCCCGUCCGGAAUGGCCGCCCCGUGGGUUCUGCCCGCGCCCCUCAGCCCAGCGCAGCUGAAGCGGCUGGAGCAGCACCGCUACAGCGCGGCCGGGCGCUCGCUGCUGGAGCCCUGGCUGCAGCCCUAUUGGGGCUGGCUGGUGGAGCGGCUCCCGCCGUGGUUGGCCCCCAACGCCAUCACCCUCGGCGGCCUCCUGCUGAACUGCUUCACGGCGCUGCCGCUCAUCGCCUCCUGCCCCACCGCCUCCGAGCAGGCACCUUUUUGGGCAUACAUCCUGGGUGCGUUAGGACUUUUUAUCUACCAAUCUCUGGAUGCUAUAGAUGGGAAGCAAGCAAGGAGGACAAACAGCAGCUCUCCUCUAGGAGAGCUCUUUGAUCAUGGUUGCGACUCUAUUUCUACAGUUUUUGUUGUCCUUGGAUCCUGCAUAGCAAUCCGACUAGGAACAAACCCUGACUGGUUGUUUUUCUGUUGUUUUGUGGGACUGUUCAUGUUCUAUUCUGCUCACUGGCAGACAUAUGUAUCAGGCAUAUUAAGGUUUGGAAAAGUUGAUGUAACUGAAGUUCAGAUAGCCAUAACGCUGUUGCUGUUGGUAUCUGCAUUUUGUGGAACAGCAGUGUGGGACUAUACGGUGCAUUUGAUAGGCCUAGAACUGAAGUUCUUUGCAGUUGUUGGCAUACUGUGUGGAACAGCAGUUUCAUGUUUCAAUUACUUCCGCGUCAUCUUUGGUGGAGGGGUUGGAAAAAAUGGAUCUACAAUAGCAGGAACAAGUGUUCUUUCACCAGGUGUCCACAUUGGGCUACUUGUCGCAUUGGCCAUUGUGAUCUACAAAAAAUCUACAAUUCAGCUGUUUGAAAAACAUCCGUGCCUGUAUGUCUUGACAUUUGGAUUCGUGAAUGCUAAAAUCUCACAGAAGUUAGUGGUGGCUCACAUGACAAAAAGUGAAAUCAGUCUUCAAGACACUGCAUUUAUUGGACCAGGACUUCUCUUUUUGGACCAGUACUUCAAUAGUUUCAUUGAUGAAUACAUUGUUCUGUGGAUAGCACUGUUCAUAUCCUUGUUUGAUAUGCUGAGAUAUGCCACUGGUGUAUGCCUACAGAUUGCUGCUCAUCUUCAUAUACAUGUCUUCCGAAUUUCAUCUCAUCAAGCUCCUGAACAGACCUCCCCCGAACUGCCAGUCAUUUGAAACUGCAAAAAUAUUCCAUUUCAAGUAAGUGAGCUAGAUUACCACAGAAGAGGUGUACUAAAAUGUAUAACUCAAAAUGCAUGCAGUAAUAUUCAGUUAUGCUUACUUGAGCAGAUGGUGCUGUAAAGCUGUGGUACUAAGCUCAUUGUUCAAUUAAAGAAACCUGCUUUUUGGACAAGUUACAGCAGUUGAUACAUCUCAUAUUGCUAAAAAGAAAUCACAAUGACUAGCCUGACAGAAGGCCUCAUGUUUCAUUUACCAUAAUAUACAUCAUUAAGCCACUUUCCAUAAUCUGUAUGUUGGUACUACAGAAGUCUUGAAGCUGUGGCUUUUGUAAAAGGUUUCCAUUUGCAGUGUACUCAGAUUUGUUAAGUUACUGUGCAAAACUACAGUGGUUUUUUUUUUCCAUUAAUUCUAUCUAUUGUUUCAACUGAGCAUUAUAAGAAGUGAAACAAUCAAACAAUCCACUGCUAAUUGAAGUGAAUAUUAAUUGGACAGACUAUAAUUGGUUUGGGGUUCGUUCCCCUUAGUAACAAAUUUACUAAUAUACCUUCUUACAACAUUAUCAGACACAAGAUUAGAACAUUAGAACAAUCCACUGAAGUAUUUAAUAGGAACUUUAAAACACUUAAAUCUUAAGAUAACUUCUUUAUGGCUAACGCCUAUACUUGUAUCGUGUUACUUAGGUACAAGUUGUUUCUCCAUUGAGCCAUCAGAAUAACAUGGACUGAAGAGACUUGCGAACAGUUGCCAUCUCCUGCUGUUGCUGUUACAAGAAAAGGAGAUAAUUCUGAACAGAUGCCAAACCAAUAUGAUUCCUUAAUCUAAUUAAAUGAAUGUCUGACGACUUCCUUAUGGAAUGUUCUAUUUUUGUAUUUAACAAAGAUCUUUAUAACUACCGAUA